CCCCACGCUACGUUGCAACCGCCCGCUCGACUGCCAUCUCAUUUGUCCAGGUUCGAGUGACCAACUGCGGGGAAAGAGGCGAAUGUUCCAUCGCGGGAUCAGCAACGGCUGCGAACUCGACUUCCCAGGGUUCGCCGUUUCCUGCACUGCGUAAUACCCAUGCGUGACUGCGGACUGCAUGCUCUCCAAGAAGAACCUUGUUGCUGACGGACACCACCCCGAGACUCGAGUUGCAUCUCCUAUUUUGUUUUCCGACCGAGGGCUUGUCCUGUCUGCCCAUCCGAAAGUCUGUUGAGGACACACUGACACCAACGGGAGGAGCAGUCAGCAAAACCUUGACCUAAAGGAAUGCAAAGGUUUUCGGGCACGGUUUCAACCUUACGGGCACACAAUUCGUUUCUCUCCCAUUCUCUCACACCGACCAAUGAUGGACGUACCGUCUCGUGUGUAUGACGUUUGCCUGGAAGUGUAUCCGCUCGCCCCGUCACUGUCAGAUUUGGCGUCUCCACCUCGAUGGACCCCUUGGCGCCAUGGCCCGGCCCCCUCCCCAGACGGCAUCAUCAUGCGCGGACACUAUCCGGACUACCUACAGAGGUUUGCUUCGCUGCCGCUUGCCACUGCGGCUCGGCUGCAGUUCAUUAUUCCUCGCUUUCACGAUAGCCAAAGAGUGGCGUCGAGGGGACAGCAAAAACGCUGACGGAACGAAUUGGCCUGCAAAAGAAAUGAAGUUGCAUAACGAAAGCUCAUGUGUCGUAAGAACGAGCAUCCAUCCCACCCCUCCCCCUCGCCUCUUGGAUUUGUUCCUCUCACUCCCGCGGAAGGCAGACACACCGGAAAGUUACCUCAUGUCCACGACUCCAGCCUCUCUUUUGACGCAAAUAUAUUCAUCUGUUUCGUCCGCGCACCCGUCUUCUACUAUGAGAACUGCCCUAGAAGCUUACCUCGAAGUAACCAUCCCCCCAUGCGCAUGGUGUCCAAAGUGAAUCUGCAAGAGAGUCGCAGUCGCAACCACUCCACCCACCCACCCACACACACACACACACACACACACACAUCCUGCAUUCGUGUUUGGAGGAAA